CCGGGAGGAUGGGCUGCGGGCGGCGGCGCGGCAGCCCCUGAGCUCCCCGAAGCCGCGGGAACAAAGGGAGCGAGCAGCGGCAGCACCGGGCCGGGGUGGAUGCAAGCAACCAUGAAAGGCUGGGUCUCCGCCUCCUCCGCUGCUGCCAGAGAGCUGCCGGCUGCCGCUGCUCGGAGGACUACCCUUUGAAGGGGGCGGAGGAGAGGCUGGCUGGGUUCGCCGUGCAAAGGUAGAAGGUGUUAAGGGAGAGGCGGAAAGAAAAUGUCUUCUUCGGUGGGGCCCCGCGGCCCUCGCCCGCCCACGGUGCCUCCCCCGAUGCAGGAGCUGCCCGACCUGAGCCACCUGACAGAGGAGGAGAGGAACAUCAUCAUGGCAGUGAUGGACCGGCAGAAAGAGGAGGAAGAAAAAGAAGAGGCCAUGCUCAAGAGGUUGCAUCAACAAUUUGAAAGCUAUAAAGAGCAAGUAAGAAAGAUAGGGGAAGAAGCCCGCCGUUACCAGGGAGAGCACAAGGAUGAUGCUCCAACAUGUGGAAUCUGUCAUAAAACAAAGUUUGCAGAUGGUUGUGGCCAUUUGUGCUCUUAUUGCCGGACCAAGUUCUGUGCUCGAUGUGGAGGCCGUGUCUCUCUGCGAUCAAACAAUGUAAGUCUGCUGAUGUACAGGAAUACUGUUCCUCCUCAUGGUGGAUCACAUUCAGCAGUACCUGUAAGAGUUAUGUGGGUAUGCAAUUUAUGUCGAAAGCAACAAGAAAUCCUAACGAAAUCUGGAGCGUGGUUUUUUGGGAGCGGCCCGCAGCCCUCGCCCAGCCAGGACGGAACGCUGAGUGAUACGGCGACCGGCGCCGGCUCGGAUGCACCGAGAGAAAAGAAAGCAAGACUUCAAGAGAGAUCGAGGUCACAGACUCCCUUAAGCACAGCAGCUGCCUCAUCACAGGAAAUCUCCUCUUCCAGUGUGCAGCCUGACCGUAGGAAAGGAGCAGAAGUGUCGCAGCUGGCUAUGGGCCCGGACCAAAAGCAAGCUUCAAGGUCUAGAAGUGAACCUCCAAAAGAGAGGAAGAAGGCAGUAUUGGUUUCUGACCAGAAUGGCAAAGGUGUAAAGAGUGAGCGUAAGCGUGUGCCAAAAUCCUCACUUCAAAAAGAAGGACCAACAGAUGACAGGGAGCGUAAAGAGCGGCAUGAAGGUAGAAGGCUGGAGAAAGGCAAGUCACAGGAUUACCCAGACUUGCCAGAGAAACUUGAGGAAGGCAAAGUGCCUGAUGAUGAAAAACAAAGGAAGGAAGAUGAGUACCAUACCCGUUACAAGAGUGACCCCAAUCUGGCAAGAUAUCCUGUAAAACCACACCCUGAGGAGCAGCAGAUGCGCAUGCACGCCAAAGUUUCCAAAGCACGACACGAGAGAAGACACAGUGAUGUAGCUUUGCCACACACAGAAAUGGAGGAAGCGGAGGUACCUGAGAAUAAAUUAGGAAAACGCUCACAAUUACAGGGAACUCAGGACAGAAAAUCUCUUGUGGAAACUCAGAGGUCGUACUCUAUAGACAGAACAGGUGAUGUAAGAAUUUCUGUUUCUAAACAAUUAACUAAUCAUAGCCCACCAACUCCCAGGCAUAGUCCAGUUCCUAUAGAACACGUAGAAUACAAGAACCACGAUUCCUUUAUAAAACAGAGCCGCCUUGAUCCUAGCUCUGCUAUUCUCAUGCGAAAAGCAAAGCGGGAGAAAAUGGAGACCAUGCUAAGGAAUGAUUCCCUUAGCUCUGACCAGUCGGAAUCAGUGCGGCCAUCCCCUCCAAAGCCUCAUAGAGCAAAAAGAGGCGGAAAGAAAAGGCAGAUGUCAGUUAGUAGCUCAGAGGAAGAAGGGGCAUCAACACCAGAAUAUACUAGCUGUGAAGAUGUGGAGAUAGAAAGUGAAAGUGUCAGUGAAAAAGGUGACUUGGAUUAUUACUGGCUGGAUCCUGCCACGUGGCACAGCAGGGAGACGUCCCCUAUUAGUUCGCAUCCCGUGACGUGGCAGCCUUCCAAAGAGGGAGAUCGCUUAAUUGGGCGUGUUAUUCUUAACAAGAGAACAACCAUGCCUAAAGAAUCAGGUGCAUUACUGGGGCUAAAAGUUGUUGGAGGAAAAAUGACAGAAUUAGGACGACUCGGUGCCUUCAUUACCAAAGUGAAGAAAGGUAGCUUGGCUGAUGUGGUGGGGCAUCUCAGAGCAGGGGAUGAAGUUCUAGAAUGGAAUGGUAAACCCUUGCCUGGAGCUACAAAUGAAGAAGUUUACAACAUUAUUUUAGAAUCAAAAUCAGAACCUCAAGUUGAAAUCAUUGUUUCAAGGCCUAUUGGUGAUAUUCCACGGAUUCCCGAGACUUCCCACCCCCCAUUAGAGUCUAGUUCAAGUUCUUUUGAAUCUCAGAAGAUGGAAAGGCCUUCUAUUUCUGUUAUAUCUCCAACUAGCCCUGGAGCCCUACGGGAUGCACCUCAGGUCCUACCGGGGCAGCUUUCUGUUAAACUCUGGUAUGACAAAGUGGGACAUCAGUUAAUAGUAAAUGUUCUACAGGCAACAGAUUUGCCACCAAGAGUAGAUGGACGCCCCAGAAAUCCCUAUGUAAAAAUGUAUUUUCUUCCAGACAGAAGUGAUAAAAGUAAAAGAAGGACCAAAACAGUAAAGAAAAGUCUAGAGCCAAAAUGGAAUCAAACUUUUCUCUACUCACAUGUACAUCGUAGAGAUUUUAGAGAACGAAUGCUUGAAAUCACUGUAUGGGAUCAGCCAAGAGUACAAGAAGAAGAGAGUGAAUUUCUUGGAGAGAUUCUUAUAGAGCUGGAGACAGCACUUUUAGAUGAUGAACCACAUUGGUAUAAGCUACAGACACAUGAUGAAUCUUCACUACCUCUGCCUCAGCCAUCACCAUUCAUGCCAAGAAGACAUGUUCAUGGUGGAGAAAGCACUAGCAAAAAAUUACAAAGAUCUCGGCCAAUCAGUGAUAGUGACAUCUCAGAUUUUGAUGUUGAUGAUGGUAUUGGAGUUGUUCCUCCAGGUUAUAGGUCUAGUACUAGAGAAAGUAAAUCCACAACGCUAACUGUGCCAGAACAGCAAAGAGCAACAACACAUCAUCGUUCACGUUCUGUGUCUCCUCACCGUGGUGACGAUCAGGGCAGGCCCCGUUCACGUUUACCAAAUGUGCCAUUACAGAGGAGUUUAGAUGAAAUUCAUCAAAUGAGAAGAUCACGUUCUCCAACUAGACACCAUGAUGCCUCCAGAACUCCAGUUGAUUACAGAUCCAGAGAGAUGGAUAGUCAGUAUUUAUCUGAUCAAGAAAGUGAGCUUCUUAUGCUGCCCAGAGCAAAGCGAGGAAGAAGUGCAGAGUGCCUACAUACCAUCAGAAGUUCUGAUAGGCACUAUAAAACAUUACCACCCAAGAUGCCUUUACUAGAAAAUGGUAUUCAUUGGAACUUAUACAGCUCAACUCUUCCUGCAUGUGCUAAGACCAAAUCCGUGAUUAGACAGGAUAUUUCACUCCUUCAUGAUUGCCUUAAUUCACGAAUAUCGAAAUUUGGAGAUGAUCUGCUGGUUAGUGAACUGCAGCCCUCCCUUGACAGGGCUAGGAGUGCUAGUACCAACUGCUUGAGACCAGAUACUAGUUUGCAUUCACCAGAACGAGAAAGGCAGUCCAGAAAAGUGGAAAGAUAUAGCAGCCAAAAACAAACUAGGAAAGGUCCUGCAGCUGAAGCAGAAAGAACACAUCAGCAAGGAAGUCCCACGCAGUCUCCUCCUGCAGACACCUCCUUCAGCAGUCGUAGGGGAAGACAGCUACCACAAGUUCCCGUAAGGAGUGGCAGUAUAGAGCAAGCAAGCUUAGUAGUGGAGGAGCGAACGAGACAGAUGAAAAUGAAAGUGCACCGUUAUAAUCAGACAUCAGGGUCUGGUUCUAGCCAAGAACAUGAGCGUGAGCAAUAUACCAAGUAUAACAUACAAACAGAUCAGUACAGAAGUUGUGAUAACGUCUCUGCCAAAUCAUCAGAUAGUGAUGUCAGUGAUGUGUCAGCCAUUUCCCGAACCAGCAGUGCCUCUCGCCUCAGCAGCACAAGUUUCAUGUCAGAGCAAUCCGAGCGCCCUCGGGGCAGGAUCAGUACAUUUACUCCUAAAAUGCAAGGCAGACGGAUGGGGACUCCAGGGAGAAUCACUAAGAGCACAAGCGUGAGCGGAGAGAUGUACAAGCUGGAGCACAUUGACGGGAGUCAGUCGGACACGGCUGUCGGCAUGGUUGGAACAGGUGGGAAGAAAAGGCGUUCCAGCUUUAGUGCCAAAGUGGUUGCCAUAGUGUCUCGAAGGAGCAGGAGCACAUCUCAGCUUAGUCAAACAGAGGCUGGCAGCAAGAAGCUAAAGAGCACGAUACAGAGAAGCACAGAAACAGGAAUGGCAGCAGAGAUGAGAAGUCGUAUGGUUCGACAGCCAAGUCGAGAAUCCACUGAUGGCAGCAUAAAUAGCUAUAGCUCUGAGGGCAACUUGAUAUUUCCUGGAGUGCGGCUGGGCGCUGACAGUCAGUUCAGUGAUUUCCUCGAUGGACUGGGACCUGCACAGUUAGUAGGCCGACAAACACUAGCAACCCCUGCCAUGGGUGACAUCCAGAUUGGAAUGGUGGAUAAAAAAGGCCAGUUAGAAGUAGAAGUCAUUAGAGCCCGUGGCCUCACACAAAAACCUGGCUCCAAAUCUACCCCAGCUCCGUAUGUCAAAGUGUAUUUACUGGAAAAUGGAGCAUGUAUAGCUAAGAAGAAGACAAGAAUUGCAAGGAAGACGCUUGAUCCUCUGUACCAACAGACACUGGUUUUUGAGGAAAGUCCACAGGGUAAAGUCCUUCAGGUAAUAGUUUGGGGAGACUAUGGCCGAAUGGACCACAAAUGCUUCAUGGGAGUUGCCCAGAUCCUUCUGGAGGAACUGGAUCUGUCCAGUGUGGUAAUAGGCUGGUAUAAAUUAUUUCCACCUUCAUCGCUAGUGGAUCCAACAUUGACUCCCCUGACACGUAGGGCUUCCCAGUCAUCUCUGGAAAGUUCAACUGGGCCUCCCUGCAUUAGAUCAUAGUAGCAGGUGCUGUCUAUCCAAAACAUCACCCAGGAUAACAAUUGGAACCAGAUAUUCACAUGAUCAAGAAACACUGUUGGAGAGAGACAAUCACUUCCGUUUUUGCUUGUAGUAGUUAUUCAAACAUAUGUCUGUCUGUUGAAAGAUGGCUUAAAUUGACAGAACAAAGGUAUAUCACAUACAGCUAAUGUAUUAGCAGCUAUCACUGAUGCUUAUAAUGAUUUAAAAAAAUUAAAAAAAAAAAACAAAAAAAAAACAAAAAAAAAAACAAAACAAAACAAAACAAAAAAAAAAACAAAAGGAAAGGAAAAAGAAAAAAGAGAGGGACCUUUAGAUUCGACCUAAGUCAAAGAUGACCCAAACUGGAAGCUCUCACUCUGUUAACAAUGUUGUAUUUUUCACAUUUUGAGAGAGCCCUCAAGCAGUGUUACCUUCCUGGUGUUUCAGCAGUUUUUCUGUACUUGUCACUUCCACAAGUUUUUUGCCACGUGAUUCUGCUAGUUUUGUAGAAGUCCUCACAAUGCUAACAGAGACCCUUCCUUUCUUUUUCUAAACCAAACAAAAAAGGGCUGAAGUAUAUCUCUGUAAGCAUCGUUAAAGUGUUCAACAGCCACAGUUACAAUUACAGCGAGUUUAAAUCGUUUCUCAGUUCUGGUACUUACAAGUCUUUCACGUGGGAACCCGGAACAAAUGACCAAUCUAAGUUAUAUUCUUAAAAAUAAAAAUCAUCACAGUGCCACUUUUUCUUUGUAAAAAGCAGAUAUGUUUGCAUUAUAUAUAUAUAAAAUAACUUUUCUGUUUAUGAUGUUUUGCAUGGAAGAAUUUUGAAGAAUUCUGCAACUACUGCUGGGGACUGGUAUAAUGCAGCUUUAGUCUUAAUUUUGACAUUGAAUAUGUUACUGGUAAUGCAAUUUUCCUCCUAGAAAUGGAGAGGAAAUACUUAUGUUUCUGUGUAUAAAUGUAUAUUUGACUUCCCAAAAUGUUGACCAGGAAUGAAUUGAGCAUAUGACACUUUCAGCUGUACCCAGGCUUCUCUGAUGUGUGUCACUUCAGACGCACCUGUCUGCCCUGGAUAGAGCAUGGUAUGAGUUGUUCAAUGUUUCACUGGAAAUUCCAGUUGAAAUAUUCUGCACUUACUAAUGUUUUUAUCAAAUUUUAGUUUACAUUUCUUUGAGAUUGAUGCAAGCACAAGGCUUGAUUUUUUAACGCAAGAUAUCUUACUUUUUGGAGAAAAAAAAAUCAAAUUUCAAUUUGCUUUUUAUUCAUUUGAGUUCUUCUUGGCCUUGAAAUCCCUUGUGAUAUUCUGUAAAUGUGCGAAGAACUGCAGAUUCCUGCAGGUGCAUUGAUAUGUUUCCCCUCCUUUUACAGGCCAUUCAAUUUUGUGAUCACACAAAUAGAGCAGCAUGACUUGGAACUGUUCAAAGCUGCAUGCACGUUUUGUAAAAAGAGAUGAAAAAGGUUAUUUAAUAAUGUAUGUUAGUUCCACAUAGGCCAGCUUGUAUGUUGCAUGUACUUGUACAGUUUGCUCGUAAUUACUAUACUGAAGUAACCAAGAAAUCUAAGCCAUCCAUUUUUCUUAUAGACAUUUUGCAGGUUUUAGCCAGGCUAGGUCUGUGGGUCUGGUGCUAAAUGUCUAUAGAUGGACUUUAUUUUUUACCCUAUGGAAAACGUGAUGUAGUACGGACCAAAUUCCUUCUAAUAACUAUUUUGGUGUAGAUUCCUACUGUGGGGCUGUAACACAUGUAGAAACUGUGUACACACUAGGUUUUAAUUCAUAGACAUACUGCCUGCACCAAGUGAACUAUUUAUUAUUACUCAACACAUGGGAAUUAUUCUGCCCAUCUUUCCAUAGGGCACAGAUUGGUUACUGCUCGACCUGCUGAGCAGGAAGAACUCAAGCAUUGGUGCACUACUACUAGAUCCUGUUCUGUCUUAGUGGCCAAAAACCAACUAGCUAUAAUUCGAUAGUAUCUUUCUAUUUUGACCACUUGUCUUAACACUCCCCUGUGCUUUUAAAUGAAUUUCCAACUCAUGUUAUGUAAACAUGUUUAAUAAAAUUUCCUUUUCAUGUCCAGUGUAGUAGUUGUGCUCUCUGUAUGUUCUGAGGUUCAUCUGUGAUUCUGCUUGCUGCAGGACUGUGUGAUAUGUGUUAAGGAACAGUAAAAUAAGUAAUUUCUAUGGUUCUUUUGAUUGCUGUAAUAGUGUAUGUUGAAAUCUGGGGCCAAAAACUGAGGCCUGGUGAAAGUCAUGUUUGGUUGGCUUCCUUUUCCCUGAGAAAGCAGCCAAAUUGUGCUCUCAUUUGUUGAAGUAGGCAAAUUGAAUUAAAAAAAAAAAAAAAAAAAAAUUAGCCAAAUUAUUAUCUGUUUAAAUCAAAUCAGUUUGUUGGAGAGGAAUGAUGCUGUGGCUGCAUGUUGUAAGGCAGCGGGGUGAUGCGAGUCAGGCACCAGGCUCCACUCGGCAUGUGCUGAGCCUUUAUGGUACGAGAACAACUACUGACCUUUGGCACUUUUUAAACCCAUGAACAUGCCCUUGUACUGUGAUGCUGUUAGGAACAAUGCUUUAUAGAAAUUUACCUGAGAGCAGAAUUUGGCACUAAAAUUUUGCUAGAGAAGCAAAGAUUAUGUAUUUUUUUUCAGUUUUCCAUGUCCCACAGAUAUCUGAUCACAAUUUAAAAAUAACAUAAAGACAGUAUUGCCUCACUUUGAACACUUUUGUUUAUUACUUUAUUUAACUGAAUACAUUAUUAAGAUACUGAAAAAAUUACUAAUUAAACAUGGUAAAUCUCUGAACAAAAGGCAUGUUAUUCUGUGUGGUGGGAAUGAUAUGUUUAAAUACAGAAUUUUUCAUGCUGUUACAAAAAGCCCUCAACUUUAUUAAUCUCAUUACUUUGAACAUUGUGUCCAAUACUAGGAUAUAUUUUCCUUUCUGAUCCUGAGAAAUAAAUAAAGUCCAGCAUUUCUGAUCUCCCUCUAGAGGACAGAAAAUAUGGCAGCAAAAGAACAUGCUAAACUAUUUCAUUUAUGGUGUUUCUGAUGAACGGGGAUCAUAAAUGCCAAGAUUUCAGGAAUGAGGUAGUAGAGCAUGCUAGGUCAGACAAGUUGUGUGCUGAACUCUUUUCCCAGGGACUGCUGCCUUUUAAAAACUCACUGCUGAGUGUUGGAAUUAUAAUACACAAAUAAAUCAGCUGAA